UUCAUUCAGAAAUAAUAAUAAUUAUCUUAUUGGUUGCAUUAGCAUAAAUAGCAUCAUCGAUCGAGGACGAGUGUUUGUUGUUCUCCUUGUGAAAUUGCCGUUGACCAGAGGGAAACAAGAAAAAAGAAAAAGAGAGAGGCGAAGAAGAAGAUGAAGAUGAAUGUUAGGGUUUUGUUUCUGGCUCUCCUUCUCCUCGCAUCUCCUCUGCUCCAAGUUGCUAGAAGUCAAGCGGACGAUGAUCAUUCCAGUCUUGUUGACGAUGUUGUCGGAGAACACAGUGAUUCUGCUGCUGACGAAGAUGACCAGGACUUGGAUAUCAACUUGACCUCAGCUCCAGGAGUUGAAACUGUCUGUGUUUUCCCCCAUAACAGUGCCAGAGGUAACACAUUUUCCCCCGUUGUUUAUUGGGAUUCCUUAAAGAUAAUUCCCAUUUGUUUUCCUCCUGCUGCAGUGGUUCCAGCGGGUGAAGAGACUGAGCUCCUUGUUGCUCUCAAAAACGAUGGGAAACCUACCGUUGGUGUGAUGGGAAUUAGAGCUAGCGUCCAUCUUCCUUAUGAUCACAAGUUGUUGGUUCAGAAUCUUACCCUGCAGAGAUACAACAAUGCCUCCAUCCCAACUUCUGUUCAAGCAACAUUCCCCUACGUCUUUGCUGUUAGCCAGUACCUACAGCCUGGAGCAUUUGAUCUGGUGGGUUAUGUCAUCUACGACGUGGAAGGGAAGCCAUACCAGAGUGUCUUCUACAAUGGAACCAUUGAGGUUGUUGAAUCCGGAGGUCUUCUCAGCGGUGAGUCUGUCUUCCUCAUAACACUUGGGAUUGCUCUCCUCCUCCUCCUCGGUCUAUGGGCAUACAGCCAAGUUCAGCGUCUCACCAAGAAAACCAAAAAGGUGUCAAAGGUGGAAGUAGGAACAAGGUCUACGGACGCAUCAAUGGACGAGUGGCUCGAGGGAACUCAUUUGGCCAAGUCAUUGUCUGGGAAAUCAAAGAGCAAGAAGAACUAGAAAAAGAGCCUUUUUGCCUCUUUGCAGUUACUAUAGACUCGGUCUUUUGGGCGUUUUGAGAGAGUUUUAAGUUCAGUCUCGAGGAAGUUUAGAGUUUAUAAACAGACUUUUUUUUUUGUUCAUGCAUUGUACCAUCUAGACAAUCUUUCUUCUUGUCAUACGUAUUCUACUCAGCUCAACUUACAAUGAUUUAGUCAUUAGAUCUCCC